AUGAUCUAUGAUCAUGCUAUCCCUGAACAUCCAUGGAAAGCACUAGAUCCAUCUGUCUUUCUUGAGAAUAUUUUCCCCGCCUCUAUUGGAGAUUUGAGUGGAUUCUACUUUCCAUUCAGCCCAUCUAUCAAUACUCUCCACGUUGACAAGCAAAUACGUCACGAGGCGCUCCCCUUGGUAUACCGAAACAUCUCUUUUCGCUGGUCAGAUAUUGAUGAUUUUAUCAAAUUUGCGCUUUCGAUCGGUACCAUUGGCCGCAACAACGUCGAAUCGUUAGAGCUAUCAUGGUUCAGUAGUAGUGGCUCGGAAUACCACACGAGUGAGGGGGAGCCCGAGUUUCAGACGUCAAUAUGUAUUCAAUUACUGAAACAGUUCCGUCGAAUCAAACAUUUACGACUUAACUUCGACGAUGAACUGUUUACUGUGCCGACUUCAGACCCCAAAUUCGAUUUGAGAAUCCUCCAACUUGGUUCUUCUAUGAGUGGAAUCAAGUCGGUUCAAAUCUGUGGCUUUGAUGAACCAAACUUGGAUGAGAAGUUUGAAUCUGCCAAGUGGCUGAAAACACAAUUACAGUCUAUCCUCUAA